AUUGAGCUUUCCAGGCAGGUGCUCUACAGCUUAAGCCCCCAACCCCAAUACCUCCACCCUUUAAUGGGUCGUCCUACUCCAUUCUCCUGGCUGGGACUACAGGUGUGCCUCCACUGUGCCUGACUGCAAAUGUAGGUUUUAUUUUUAGUCGUGUGUUUGUGAGCAUAGAACUCCUUUCUUUGUUUCUUCCUCUGUCUGUCUGUCUCUCUGUCUAUCUCUUUCUUUGAGGUACUGGGAUUUGAACUCAGGGUCUCACACUUGCUAGGCCCUUUUUUAUAUUGGGUAUUUUCAAGAUAGGGUCUUGUGGACUUUUCACCCGGGCUGACUUUGACCCUCAAUCCUCCUGAUCUCUGAGUAGCUGGAAUUAUAGGUGUGAGCUACUGGUGCCAGGCUGUGAGCAUAGACCUUAGCAGUUACACUUAUUCAUAGUAUGGGUGUGUGUUACCUGUUUGUCUGUAACAUGGCUUGUAUCACUAAUGGAAGCUGACAUUUACUGAAUCCCAUGUGUUCAUUUACAAUACUCUAGGGACCCUCCUGAGCACUUCACAUGUUACUCUGUCAUUUGCGACAUCCCUCCAAAGUAGAUGGGACUGUCUCCAUCUUACAGGAUUCCCCUGUGAGGUCCCACAACCAGUAAACAGUGGGCUGCACGGCCCUGCUCUGGCUUCUGUGUGUAAUCAGCCCCUGUGAGAUCCAGAUGGGGUCCCCAGCUAGGGCUGGGGCAUGGCUCCGUGGUAGGGCACUUGCCUAGCAUGCCGGAGGCCUGGGCCUCAUCUCCAGUACCGCGAAAACAAGAAAGGAAAAAUAGUUUCCAGCAGUCAUUCUGAUUCCUCUCUUGACUUAUUUUAUGUCCUGAAGGAAUGAAGGGAGGGCCAUGCUGGGAUGAUGUGACAACAGCCACUGUAGGUGGUGAUAUUUGUGACUUCACGGGAGGGCUGUUUCUGGAUGCUGUCGGUGCAGCAUGACCGAUGGGGCCCAGCAGGCCCUGAGGAGAACAAUGGAAAUCUACUCCAAAACUACCCGCUUUGCUCUUGCUUGUAACGCCUCGGACAAGAUCAUAGAGCCCAUUCAGUCCCGGUGUGCAGUGCUGCGUUACACUAAGCUCACAGACGCCCAAGUCCUGACAAGGCUCAUGAAUGUCAUCGCAAAGGAAGGAGUGCCAUACACAGACGACGGCCUUGAAGCCAUCAUCUUCACAGCCCAGGGAGACAUGCGGCAGGCACUGAACAACCUGCAGUCCACCUUCUCUGGAUUUGGCUUUGUCAACAGUGAAAAUGUGUUCAAGGUUUGCGACGAGCCACACCCGCUCCUGGUGAAAGAAAUGAUUCAGCACUGCGUAGACGCCAACAUCGAUGAGGCCUACAAGAUCCUCGCGCACCUGUGGCACCUGGGCUACUCCCCUGAGGAUGUGAUCGGUAACAUCUUCCGAGUGUGUAAAACUUUCCCGAUGGCCGAGUACCUGAAGCUGGAGUUUAUCAAGGAAAUUGGAUACACUCACAUGAAAGUGGCAGAGGGCGUGAACUCCCUUCUGCAGAUGGCUGGGCUCCUGGCCAGGCUGUGUCAGAAGACCAUGGCCUCAGUGGCCAGUUAGAGUGGAGAUGGCCUGGAUGAAGGUGGUGCACUCCUGUAAUCCCGGCAUUUGAGAGGCUGAGCAGGAGGAUUGCGAACUGGUCAGCCUGGGUUACAGAGCAAGACGUGUUUCAAAAAAAAAUAGUCCUCAUCCCUGAAAUGCUGGAAUCGCAGCCUUCUGAUGGGGGAACCGCCUUAGACUGGCACUAGGAACGCCUGACUUUAAACUCCAGUGGCUUCCAUGUCCUCUGUAGCACCUCUCUGUUCUCCAGGUGACUGCCUUCCACCUAAAGCCAGGCUCAGGGCCAAGGCUGAAGCCUCCUCUCUGGCAGUGUUGGCAUUUUACCCAAUAAAGCCUCAGGGUGCUUGUUUUAGGAUGAUGUCUGACUACUUAGGGCCUCAAGAAAAACCAGUGGCCUGCCUCUGCUGCCCAUCGCAUUCCACAAGUAAGAAGGUGACGAAUAUUGGAUCGGCUAAUCUCAGUUUUUCUAGAAGCCUAGAGGGACCAGUUCCAUGGUAAGGGCAGGGCUUGCUGCAGUUUCCUAAUGUUUAAGAAGACUUCUCUGGAACCAGCCCUUCAGGAAGGGCUUGGUCCCGGGUGUGGUGGUGUAUGCCUGUAAUCCCAGCACUCCAGAGACUGA